AUGGGUCAAACGACAUGCUCAGCCGUGACGGUGUCUACAUUACUAACAACAUCAUUGGCACCCGAGACAUCGACUGUAACAAGCACAUUACUGGCAUCGUCUAGCACUCUGACAGUCUCGCCAGAGACCGCGUCACCUACUUAUACGAGCUCAAACGGCAGUCUCGCCUUAUUCGCCAACAAUAACUCACCUUCUGCGUACACGUUCCGGCCUAAUGCGCAAGACAACGUUGCUGUGUACUAUGGACAAUCUCCGAGCACAAAAGCCGGCGGUCUCAGCACGCUCUGUGCUAAUCCGAACGUGGACAUUGUCAUUCUCGCCUUCGUAAACGACUUCUUUCAUGCAAAUGGGUACCCCGGCGUCAAUUUCGGGCCUGCCUGUGACCCGCCGAACGCUGCACAGAAAGCGAAAGCACCAGGCUUGCUCAGCUGUCCGAAUCUUGGCCGGGAAAUACUGAGCUGUCAGAAAAUCGGCAAGCCGGUUCUUGUUAGUCUUGGAGGGUGGGGAGCCAACACAAGCUUCGUAUCGGACGCUCAAGCUACACAAUUCGCCGGGACGCUGUGGAAUUUGUUCGGUGCUGGUAAACAGACGCCACUGCUUCGACCCUUCGGUCCUGAUGUCGUUGUCGAUGGUUUCGAUAUUGAUAACGAGGACCACAGCACAGCACAAUAUCAAGCCUUCGCCACUGCCUUGCGAGGACAAUUUGCCAAAGAUAAGAGUAAGAGAUACUACCUAUCCGCGGCUCCUCAGUGCCCAGUUCCUGACGAGUCCAUACCGAUGUCUGUCAUGACACAAGCGGACUUUGUCUGGGUGCAGUUCUACAACAAUCCCAGCUGUAACCUGAAUUCCACGGGCUUCAACUCAUCGUUCGAGCAGUGGUCGAGUACGCUCGCAGGAAGCUCGUACAACCAGAAGCCUCGAGUCUACAUUGGUACGGGAGCAUUUGCGGGGGCAGGCAGUGGGUAUGUGGCUGGGAAUGCGCUGAGGCAGUAUGUCGGCCAGGCGACGAGUCAGCGUGUUGGCAAUAUGGGCGGUAUCAUGCUGUGGGAUGGCGAUUCGGCAUUGUCGAAUGUGGAUCAGUAUGAGAGGAAUUAUUUGCAGUAUGCUAAAGCUGCUGUGAAGUAG